ACCCCGUUCAAGAAAUCAGAAAUGAGUGCGAAUUGCUCAUCAGAUGUUUUUGAAUUAAGGAGAAUAAAUGUGAGACUCGUGCAGUGGCGGUGCUCGUUUGUGCGUAAAACAGCAUCCUGAAAAGUGCAGUGACAAUAGCGCCGGGCUAAAAGCUGCUCUCUCAGUGUUGGUCACUUCUUAUGCAGAGCGCGUCUGCGGAGAGGACCGCCGGGCUCUCUGCGUCCUUCACACUCUUCGUGAGUGAGGACGGUCCGCCAAAAAAACAGAGCCGAAAGUGUCGAAACAUUAUCUUUUUGCUCUUUUUAAUUUUCGUGGACAAUCGCUCGGAGUCUGGUGGGAAAUCGAAGAUCUGAUCGGAAACUCAGCGCAUCCGCCUGCUAUCUCGCUGUGAGGAGACAUCAGGAAACUGAAGAGGGGAGACAACGUGUUGUGAAUACAGAUGAGAGCAACUAUUGACACCUUCAGCCUACCAGUCUGCUGUGUCAAAGCUUAAAAGGACAUCUUCGCGAAGGAUUCAGCUUCACCUCGGUCAUUUAAUUCAGUCUGUGCAUCAUCCACUGUCCGUAGAUGCUUAUUUACUAGCUCAGUCUCUUCACCCCAUCUCCUUUCCGCUCCUUCCCGGUGGUGAAAACUGGCUGUCUGCCAUCGGUUGUCCUCGAAGCGCACAGAAAACCAAUAGAUCCCCCCCCCCCCACCCCUCCAAAAGAAAUCCCGAAUCAGACGAGACCCGUCUGUGGCUCUGAUAUGCUGUAAAUUGUCUAAUCUGGACUGGACUUGUAUUAUGGCUUCGCUUUAUCAGAGGUUCACCGGGAAGAUCAAUACGACCAAUUCCUUCCCGCACCCACCUGAGGCCAGCCACCUUCUCGGUGGACAGGUUGCAGACGAGGAAAACGCAGCGAAGAGCCCUCAACAACUCGUCGACGGCAGACCUCACGUCCAGUACCGCAAAAAAUGCAUACAGGAGGACGAGGAUGACCUGGUAGGCAGUGCUCCACCACAGAGGAACUGGAAAGGAAUAGCCAUCGCCCUGCUGGUCAUCCUCAUCAUCUGUUCCCUGAUUGUCACCUCUGUCAUCUUGCUGACCCCUCGUGAAGACGACAGCCUCGCCCUCAAGAAGAAAGUGACCAUAGAGGAUGUUUUUGGACCGGACCUUCGCAUCCACGACCCCAACGCCAAGUGGCUCAGUGACAAUGAGCUGCUGUACCGCACAAGGGAUGGAGACGUUGUCAAGCUUAAUGUUGGCACAAUGGAGAGGAAUGUUGUUGUGCCUAACCAGUUGUUCGUCAGAUCCAGAGCCGAGAAGUACCAAGUGUCCCCAGACAUGCAGCAUGUUUUGUUCGCCUUCGAAGUGAAACCGAACUACCAGCAUUCCUACCAGGCCAAGUACAUUAUUUACAGCCUUGUGACACAGGAAACGUGGCCUCUGAAUCCCCCUGAAGUGCACGACGCCGUUCUGCAGUUUGCUGGAUGGGGACCCCGAGGCCAGCAGCUGAUCUUCAUAUUUGAAAACAACAUCUACUACAGAACAACAGUAGAGAGCCGAGCAAUCCGCCUGGUUUCCACUGGUAAAGAGAAAAUUGUCUUCAAUGGCCUUGCUGACUGGCUGUAUGAAGAGGAGAUCCUGCAGACCCACAUAGCCCACUGGUGGUCUCCAGACGGGCUGCGCCUGGCCUAUAUGACCAUCGAUGACACUCUGGUGCCAAAGAUGGAGGUUCCCUUUUUUACAGGAUCGCCUUACCCCGCCAGCCUGGAGUAUCACUACCCAAAGGCUGGAGAGGAAAACCCUGCAGUGCACCUGUCAGUGGUGAGCCUUAACGGUCCCCUGUACACCGUGGUGAUUAAGAAGCCUGACGACCCCCGAAUAGGGAGGGAGUUUUAUAUCACCAUGGUGAAAUGGGCCACCAGCACCAAGCUAGCUGUCAACUGGCUGAACCGAGCCCAGAACAACUCUAUCCUGACACUGUGUGAGGCUACAACUGGAGUUUGUGUUAAGAAACAUGAAGAUGAGAGUGAUAGCUGGUUGCACAGACAGAAUGAAGCUCCGCUCUUCUCCCAAGACGGACACAAGUUCUUUUUCACCAGAGCAAUCCCUCAGGGGGGGAGAGGGAAGUUCUUCCACAUCUCGAUGUCCACCUCCAUGCCUAACAGCAGCACAGACAUCCUUCAGUCCCUGACCUCUGGAGACUGGGACGUCACCAGCAUCUUGGCCUACAAUCACGAAAAGAACCUCAUAUACUUCCUGAGCACAGAGGACGACCCCAAACGACGGCACUUGUACAGUGCUGACACAAUCCCUCCAUUCAACCGCUGCUGCCUGUCUUGCGAGUUCAACUGCGGCUAUGUGGACGUUUCUUUCAGCCACAACAUGCAGUACUUCUUACUCUACUGCAAAGGUCCAAGUGUACCGAGCGUGGCUGUCUAUAGCACCAAGGACAAACAGAAGGUGUUUGAUGUGGAGACGAAUGAAAGGGUAAACAACACCUACAACAACAUGCAGAUGCCCAAAGUGGAAAACAAGACCAUUACUAUAGAUGACUACACUCUGACAAUGCAGAUUCUGAAGCCAGCUGGAUUUGUGGAAACAGCCCAUUACCCCUUACUGCUGCUAGUGGACGGUACGCCCGGCGGGCAGAUGGUGUCGGAGCAGUUCCGAGUGGACUGGGCCACAGUUCUGGUCAGCAGCUUCAGCACCAUCGUUAUCCGCUUUGAUGGCCACGGCAGCGGCUUCCAGGGCACCAACUUUCUCCACAAAGUCAGGAGGAAACUGGGAAAACUGGAGGAGAGGGACCAGCUGGAGGCACUCAGGUUCAUAUCCAAAGAGCCUUACAUCGAUAAGACUCGAAUGGGAGUUUAUGGAAGGGCCUACGGAGGAUAUUUAGCCACAAUGCUUCUGAGCUCUGAGUUCACCCAACUCAAAUGUGGAACAGCCGUCUCGCCCAUCACAGAUUUUGAGCUAUAUGCAUCUGCAUUUUCAGAAAGAUACCUUGGCCCAAAGACAGAUUCUCGAGUAUAUAAGAUGGCAAAUUUAGAACACAGAGCUGGUCAACUUCUGCAGAAGCAGUACCUGAUAAUUCAUCCAACUGCUGACGAAAAGGUUCACUUCCAGCACACGGCAAAAUUUAUCAAUCAUUUAAUCGGCGAAAAGGCCAAUUACACUCUACAGAUAUACCCAGAUGAGGGACACUUCCUCCAUGGUGAUGGGACACAGCAGCACCUGAGUCAGUCCCUCGUCAACUUCUUUCAGGAGUGUUUCCGGGUGCCGGAAAUACUGACGGACGACCAGCAGGAAGAGGAUGAGGAUGACAGCUAAACCUGCUCCUCUGAGAAGCCCACGGCCAGCUAUUACAGCACAAUAUGCAACAGAUCUUUCUAACCCAGUCGACCCAUGCCACCUGCUGUCCAAUCAGAUUUCACCUCCACUCUGCACCUGCAUGUGCAAAGGGGCCUCGGCCUACAUCCCCUCUCCUCACCUUGUGCUGGCUGCUGGCGAGAAACUAGCCAGAGAGACUAAACAAAUCCAACAUAUGAGCAGUCUAUCUCUCUCUCUCUCUCCCUGUCUCUCAGCUGUUGGAACAUAUGGACUAGCCCUCCCUCUAGUGGACAAAUAGAGGAUCAACGUGACGUCCAUUGGGCAACGCGUCUCCGUCCCAAACCAGGUACAUUAAUCGAGCGCUUUGCAGCACAAAAUGUCCCCCCUCAAGAUAAGUUAAUUAUGUCAAGAUUUAACUUUUGAAAGGCUGCCGGUUUGUUUCUGACAACCUUGCCGACCAACUUAAUGAUUACUGUGUUCAUGAGUAUCAUUACUGCUUCUUCUUUCUCAGACUUUCUCUGUUGAGUGUCGUGUCUAUGAGUGAAUGUCUGGCUGCAUCAGUCCUCAGUUGCAUUACAAAAUGAGGGCACAAUGUUUAACUUGUGUUGUACUCCAAAAGAGACAGCGUCUGUACAAAAGUGAUAUGAAGUCAUAUUUUUUCCCUCCUCAUAUAUCUGAAUUAAACUCCUGUUUCUUUUAGUCACUGUGCCUUACUGUGGGUGAAAAUGUUCAUUGUAGGAAACCCACAUGACACUGAAAAUGAGUUAUUAUGGAUAGGCCUUGUCUGAACUGUGUAUUCUUCUGAUGACUCUAAGCCGAAUGAUUUAAUUUUCCUCCAACGACAGCCAGAUAUUAGCGAGGGAAGUUUAAAAUCACAAGGUAUGGCACAUUUUAUCAUAAAACAUGGAAAGAAGUGAUUACAAAAUAACUGUAUGUCUGUUUGAAAGAUUAUUAUACUGACAAAAAUGUCAAGUUUUUAGUUUG